CCCCUGAGGGGGGGAGAAGGAAGAAGGAAGGAGCAAUCGAGGAGUAAGUUGCUGGAGACGAGGGGCGGAGUUAAAAACAUUAUACACGGCUGAGCAUUGACAAACAGGUGUACACCGAUCACCCCCCCCUAACAGUCAGUCAGAAAACAAAGACCAUGUAGAACUGGCUCGGGAUUUAACACGCUGCCGGGUGGACGGAAGACGACUGACCCCAUGAAGACAGACUGCGGUAGCAAGACUAUUCUGGAGGAUCUAGAACACAACUGAAAAUUAAAGGCUCUCUCUCCUCUUUGACAGGAUGUCGUCAAUAUCUGACGCAGACUUCCGCUGCCAACAAGGAGACACCAUCUGCGAGAUUCGUGUGUACGAGAAGGAAGUGAUUAUCGUGCCCAUCCUUCUGCUGGCCACCUUCGUGAUCACGCUGGUCUUCAUCCUGCUGCUGCGCUUCUGUCCAGAAAAGGUCGAACGCAUCCGUCUCAGCACCUUGAAGCCCACUUACAGGAGGGAGCUGCAUGGCAUCGACGCCCCACCCGGAAUCAACGUGUUGGAGCACGAAAGCAUCGCCCUGGACAUGCCCAACUCGUACUCCACCUUCCAUCCGCCCACCACGUACCCGUCCAAAAAGCUUUCCCUGUCCGUGGACAUGCCGCCGCUGUCAUCGGGCGCCCAAGCGCCGGCCUACAAGCUCGUGCCGGAGGCCGUGGUCCAGCCCAGGGAGCUGCCCCGCCAGAGGCUGCCCGAGUCCUUCAACCUGGUCACCCCGCUGCCCGGCUCCUUCCCGCUGCGCUCCAACUCCGCCGUGUCCCUCUACCGCGCCCGCAUGGAGAACAGGAACGUGAUCCUACGGGUGCUAAAUGACUCGGCCGAUGCCGCCGAGAGGCACAACUUCCUGGGCUUUGCGUCCUUCCUGGCCCAGCUGGGGCCGCACCCGUUCUUGCCCGAGCUGCUGGGCGUGGUCUCUCUGCGGGCCCCCCUGGUGACGGUGGUGGAGGAGAUGGAGAACAGGGAUCUGCUCAGCUUCCUGUGGCGGUGCAGACAGGAAGACGCCAAUCCUCCCUGCGAGAUGACUGAGAGGCGAAUAUUUACCAUGGCCCAACAUGUGGUCUCAGCACUGAUGUACCUCCACAGCAAAGAUCUCCUACACGGCAACAUCCGUGCCCGGAGCGUCCUGGUCAGCAAGGCGCACACGGCCAAGCUGUGGGGCCUUAACGGGGUCUUCACGCGCAAGAACCAGGCGGCCACGCAGAAGGACGACCCCAGCAUGAAGAAGUGGCAGGCGCCGGAGAUUUUAGCCAAGAGAGACGUUGGUCCCAGCAGUGACAUCUGGUCUUUUGGCAUCUUACUGUAUGAAAUGGCAACACUGGGAGAAGCCCCAUUUGCAGAGAUCCCCGUCAAUGAACUCCUCCAGUUCCACCAGCGAGGCAAAACUCUGAAGAAGCAUCCCAACUGCUCCAACGCCCUCUACGGUGUCAUUAAGGCUUGCUGCCAGUGGAAAGAAGCGGAUCGACUCGCGUUGGACGAGGUGACCCGCAAGCUGGCGUCCGGGGAGAAGAGCGCCUCGGACAAAGUUCUCAAGGGGGCGCCGGCGGUCAACCUGGAACGGUACCUGCAGGAGGCCGGAUACGGGGAAGCCAACAGCUACACCAUCUUCUGAUAAGAACAAAAGUUCUUCUACUUUUUUUUUUUUAACUGGUGCACUUUCCCACUACAACUGUUACACAUUCCGAUUUGCACAUCGAGGA